AUGAUGCUUAUUCAGCAGAAUGGGAGUCUUAAAAAGCUCCUUUCAUUUGCAGAAAACUCUGCAAUUCCUGAUGUGCAGAAGAACGCAGCUAAAGCAAUUACUAAAGCGGCCUAUGAUGAAGAAAUAGUUAUCCAUGAGUUUGCCAGUCUUUGUCUCGCAAACAUGUCCGUAGAGUACACGGGUAAAGUGCAAAUAUUUGAACACGGUGGAUUAGAACCUCUCGUCAGACUUCUGAGCAGCCCAGACCCAGACGUAAAGAAGAAUUCUAUUGAAUGCAUUUACAACUUGGUGCAGGAUUUUCAGUGUCGAAUUACACUUCAAGAACUAAAUGCGAUGCCUUCUAUAUUAGAGCUCUUGAAGUCGGAAUAUCCAAUUAUUCAGUUGUUGGCUCUCAAAACCUUAGGUGUUAUUACAAACGAUAAGGAGGCCCGAGUGAUGCUAAGAGACACUCAAGGAUUGGACCACCUUCUUAAGAUCCUAGAAGCUAAGUCAUCGUUCCUAAUGUUUGGGAAGGUGGUACAGCUCACGAUACAGCGAAGGAACAUCGGUGACAGUGAUGUUAGAAAAUUAUUAAGGGAGUUAGAGGUCAUGAGUUCUGUCGUUGCCCAGCUCGCUCCCGAAGCUGAAAAUAGAAAACUUUUUCAUGAACAAGAGGUCGAAAAGUGCCUUGUAACCCUUUUGGGUUCUGAAAAUGAUGGGACUAAAGUUGCUGCUUCCCAAGCUAUUUCAGCCAUGUGCGAGAAUUCAGCCAGCAAAGAUUUUUUCAAUAAUCAGGGGAUUCCACAGUUGGUUCAGUUGCUAAAAAGUGACAAUGAAGAGGUGACCGAAGCUGCCGCUCUAGCCCUGGCAAACCUGACCACGUGCAAUUCUAUUAAUGCAAAAGCUGCUGCUGAAGCCGACGGUAUUGAUCCAUUAAUAAACGUCCUGUCUAGCAAACGAGACGGAGCCAUUGUCAACGCGGCCACAGUAUUAACAAACAUGGCCACGCAGGAGCCCCUGCGCGUGAGCAUACAGAGCCACGACAUCAUGCACGCCAUCAUCAGCCCUCUGCAUUCUGCAAACACGGUCGUGCAGAGCAAAGCUGCUCUUACUGUUGCUGCAACUGCAUGCGAUGUUGAAGCCCGGACAGAGGUGGGAGGUGGGGGAGGCUUUAGGCUUUCCAUCUCAAUUCUCCCUUCAGGGUCCAAAGCAGGUAUAGAGAUGGGGACUCAAUGUUGGAUUGCCUGUAUAAAGCAAAUAAUGCCUUUUGCUUUUAUUGACAGGGCUUUAGAUAUCCUUGAUGAAGUUAACCUAUCAGUAAGUCGAAAAAAUAAAUUCAGUGAGGCAGCUUAUAACAAAUUGCUCAACAACAAUCUUCCCCUGAAAUAUAGCCAGACUGGCUAUUUGUCAUCGGGUAACAUAAUUAGUGAUGGAUUCUAUGACUACGGCCGGAUAAAUCCUGGCACCAAACUUUUGCCUUUGAAGGAGCUCUGCUUACAAGAACCAAGUGACCUACGGGCUGUGCUCUUAAUCAACACGAAAUCUUCUGAUAUUUCUCCACCUCUAUCUAUGGAAGAUAAAUCGUCAGACAUUGCUUAUGGGCGAAGUGUUUCUUCUUUAUCUUCCCUAAGAAGAUCGAGUAGAGAAAAGACCAAUGCUGGAUUUGGAUCUCCCACAGAAGAGAAAUCAGAACCCACUUCUGGACGAAACACUGUUCUUAGCAAAAGUGCCGCUAAAGAAAAAGGAUCGAGCUGCCUUGCCCACCUCGUGCUGACACAGCGCCACAAUCCAGCUCUGGCGGACAGAGUCGGCCUCGGCUGCUCCCUGGUCCGGGGGGAGUACGGCCGGGCGUGGAACGAAGUCACCCUGCUGCACGAACGGAAGGGACUGACCGGGGCCCUGGCGCCGCCCGACGUGUACAUCGUGGACCUCGUGUUCCACCCGGGGGCGCUGAUGAAGCUGAGGAGUCGGGACGCCGAUCUCUACAGAUUUCUCUAG